CGACCACGAGCACAACGACGACGACGACAGCAGCAACAACGAGGGCGACGACGACGGCCGCGGCGACGACGACGUUGACUCCAGCCUCCCUUGCCGACUCGCUACGUCACGCGUGACGUUGUACCCGGCAGCGUGCUGCACGUUAGCGCGGCGACGUGUACACGCGCGCUACCCUCUUCUUCCCUCACGCACGUCUCACGCUCACGAGGCGCGCUGAAAGACACAGGUACGCCGGUGCUGGAGGAGAAGGUGGACGAAGAGGAGGAGGGGAACAACAACGUGGUGGGAGCGACGAGGGGUAGAAAAGGUGGAAAUCGGAAAGAGACGCGGAAGGGAAACUAGGGUCGUAGGGGCGGAGGAGAGGAAAGGGGUAGGAGGGAGUGCAAGAAAGAGGAAGAGGAGGAGGAGGAGGAGGAGGAGGACGUCGACGACGACGACGACGACGACGAGGGCGACAACGGCGACGACGACGAGGACGGAGGAGCGCCGGCGGUGGAGGGGGUGGACAUCCACGCGGGAACACGAGGCAGGCGCACCCGGCCGGCACGCGCACACACAUCCUAAGAUGUGAUUUCAAAAAUGGCGGAUUGCCCCUAUGCCCGCUGCAUACAGGAACGCAGACACAUCCGAAGGGAACUGCUGCGAUGGACAAAGAAUAUGGUCUUCGUAGUCGGUCUGGAACGGGUAGCGGAGGAGUUGAUGGGCCGUAGGAGAUGGAAGCAAUACCAGGACACCCUGUACAGCGGCACCCGCAGCAGCGAAUCAGCGACGGCACAGCCCCACCAUCGGCUUUACCCGGCGUUGUCGUCGUCCUGCAACCCGAUAGCCGGGAGCCUGGACCAAAUUGGGCCGCAGCUGCAUCACCCGGCACCCUCGUCGUUGCCGUCGACGGCGGCGUCGACGGCGCUGACGACGGCGACGACCACGGCGACGACGACGACAGCGGCGACAGCGACGACUCUCGCUACCGGCGUGGUGAAGCAGGAGAGCCUGCAGAGGCAUCACCUGCAGAACCACCAUCAUCAUCCGCAGCCGCCGCCGCCGCCGUCGGCUCAGGAUCAUCACCUGCAGCAGCAGCAGCAGCAGCAAGAAGAUCCGCGCCGUCGGAGGCCGGGCGAGAUCAAGGUCGAGGUCGCCGAAGUCGACGAGCCGACGGACGGCAUCGCGCGGGAGGAAACCUCUUCUUCGGCGAGGACGGCGGAUACGGCGACGUCGACUGCGACGGCUGCAGCGGGGGUGGCGACGACGGCGGCAGCAGCAGCAGCAGCAGCAGCAGCAGCAGCGACUACCAUCAGCAGCGCGGUGACGUCGGCAACGUCUAUCACGUCUACCACGACGACGACGACCGGCACGACGACGAUAACGACGAGACGGCGACGUGGGCGCCGGCAGAACGACGGGGAGGACGCCGACGGCGAGGAGGACGGCGACGAGAACGACGAGGAGACAGGACGGGGUCAGAAGGAGGCGGAGAAACGGCUCAAGCUCGACGAGGACGCCGACAGGUCGGUCAGCCCUCUCAGGACGGAGAACGAUCGCGCGACUCGGGAUCAUCCGACUGCCAACGCUACCGACACGGAAGGGACCAAGGAACGAACGGAGGAAGUCGCGUUGGAGCGGGCACCGGUAACGCAGGGCUUGCUGAGGGUAAAGAAGGAGGAGGAGCUGCAGGAAGUGCCGGGUUCCGGCGGCGGCACGACGAUACUGACGACGCCGGCGACAGACUCGGAAGGGACCAGGUCGGGGCUGUUAUGCCGCGAGGGGAACGCGACCGCGACGAGCGCCGCGGCGCCGUUCCUCCUUGGAAGCCGACGCACGAGCCCGCCGCCGGAGGACUGGAAGCCGCUCGACAAGUGUUACUUCUGUCUCGACGGCAAACUACCCCACGACGACCAGCCGCCCCUUAGUCCGCAGAGCGACAGUAGCAGCAGCUCGCGAUCGGCGGAGUCACCGAUGUCGGUCCAGGUGGAUCCGAUGGCGGCGUCCGUGGUCGCCGCCGCUCUCAGCGGCACUUACCCUACCCUGCUGCCCCAAUGGUGUUUACCGCCGAGGGAGGCACCCCUCGUCGCGGUGCAGACCCAUCAGGACAACGCCACGGCGGCCGACCAACCGCUCGAUCUCUCGGCUAAGCCCAGAAAUUCUCAGGACAACAACAUAUCUCUGCUGGAGCAACAGAAAAUACCUCUGAGGAUGCCGGCAGGCAUCGAUCCCAAGAGUAUCCUCAAAGACCAUCGCGCGCACGCGGCGAGAUCCGCCCUUGGUGUUUCGAAUGACUCGCGAAUGAGAUUCCUCGCGCAGGCUCAGGACGAGAAAGAGAGAGACGCGAGCAGCUCGUGUUACCGCGCGAAACCGCGAAUGACCGGACCGGUUGCGGCCGCGGCGGCGGCGGCAGCGGCGGCGGCUGCGGCGGGCGUCGGUGGUGUUCCAGUGGUGGGUGCCGGGGGUGGCAGGAGGACCUACACCGAGGAAGAGUUGCAGGCCGCCCUCAGGGACAUCCAGAGCGGCAAGCUCGGCACGCGGAGGGCCGCGGUGAUCUACGGGAUACCGCGUAGCACCCUGCGCAACAAGGUCUACAAGCUCGCGAUGGAGCGCGAAAGGGACGCGUCCCUGACUAGCACCCAUUCACACCCUCACGAGUCCGGCGCCCCAGCCACCACCACCACCACCAUCACCACCACCACCACCACCACCACUACUACUACAACACCACCAAAUACGACCCAAAACGCCUCCGCGACCACUCCGCCCCCGCAAGUGGACGAGUUUAACACACGGCAACUUGGUGUCCGCGAGGUUGCAAGACUCGAGGCGGACGAUAAAGAACUGUCCGGGGCGGAAGAAGAGAAGGAAGUCGAGAGGGCUCUGCUGAAGCCCCUGCUCUCGUUGGAGGAUCUCGUCAGGUUCUCCACGCUCGAAGGGACCGGCGGUGAUUCCCUGAGGAAUCUGCUGCAACGGGGACACGGGGAGACGGGGGCCGAGUGGCCGGGACUGGAACACGCGAACAUCGGCCCUUACAUCCAAAAGAUGUUGGCUGCCGCGGCACCGUUGGGCAUCGAGACGCGAGACUACCGCAUACCGGAGGUGGUGAGGAAGCUGAUGAGCGAGGACAAGAGGCUGAACAAGAACGUGAACGGCGACCAGUCGCAGCCGCACCAUCAGCAGCACCAUCAUCCCCAACACCACCACCUAGCCGCGCAUCAGCAGACGCAGUCGCAGCAACAGCAACGCGUGCCGAUGACGAACGACGACUUCAAUCCCAACAUCGAGGAGGAGGCCAGCGACAGCGCUCAGGGCAGAGCGAUACUGAAAAUUCCGUCCUACAAGCCCGCCAGCACGCCGGGCUGUUCCAGCAAGAACGGCGAGCCGACUUCCGCCGCGUUCGCUCAGGGCUUCGCGGCUGCCGCCUCGAGUCCGGGUCUCCUGGAGCGAGCUAGUCCAGCGUUCUCCGGUACCAGCAGCCCCACGAAUUCGCUGGUGGGCAAAGCGGUGGGGGUCAACUUCCGCGACGUCAUCGCCAAGAGCAUCAGCGUCAAGUUCCAAGAGGGUCAGACAGCCGGCGCGACCGGCUUGCCGGGCUGUCAAGCAGCCGUUCAGUCGCAGCAGGCUAUGAUGACGGACCCGAGUCCGUUCAAGAGGGGUCGCUACACACCCCCGCAGCCGCCGCAGCAGCAGCAGCAACAACCGCCGUCGCAGCAGCAACAGCAACAGCAGCAGCAGCAGCAGGCCAAGCAGCAGUCGCACGAGGCGAACAAGUCGAAACCGGGCACCGGCGGCAAGGGCACCAGGCCGAAGCGCGGCAAGUACAGGAACUACGACAGGGACAGCCUCGUCGAGGCGGUACGCGCGGUCCAGCGCGGCGAGAUGAGCGUGCAUCGGGCUGGCAGCUAUUACGGAGUACCGCACUCCACCCUCGAGUACAAAGUCAAGGAACGGCAUCUCAUGAGGCCGCGAAAGAGGGACCAGAAGCAACCAGACGACAAGUCGAAGGAGACUGCGACGACGGCAGCGGCGGCGGCGGCGGCGGCGGCGGCGGCGGCGGCCGCGGCGAUGCGACCGGGCGCCGGCGUCGACAAGAAGCCGCAGUUGAAGCCGCAGAAACCGUUCACGCCGCCGGGCGGCAUAUCCGGGCCGAAUGGGCUGAAGAUGCCGCCGUUUAUGGAGGGCAUGCCCCACUUGCCGUUCGCGCCCUUCAGCUUCUGGAACCCGACGCCGUUCAUGCCCUCUCCGUUCAUGGGCGGCGCACCCAACGUGCCGAUCCUGCCGGAACAGUACUUCGCGUCGCAGAGAAUGCGCGGACUGCAGGAGCAACAACGAAACACGGCGAUGGUGCAGCAACAGCAACAGCAGCAGCAGCACCAGCACCAGCAACGAGAUCGCGACGGGAUCGCGGCGUCCGGGACGGCGGAUGCAGCAGGCACCUCGAACUCUCGCAGCACGUCGAUGGUGAAGACGCCACGCGACAUGGUGGAGAGCAUCUACGACGGGCCCGGCGCGAACGGCAGUUUCCUGGACAAUCUGAUCAGGUCGAGCCUCGAGACAGGCAUUCCAAGGGACCAGCGGACGAUCACGGAAACGAGAAACCAGCAGCAGCAGCAGCAGCAGUCGUCGUCGCAGCAGCAACAACACCCGGAGACGAUGAGCAGCAAAACGCUGAUCGACCAGCUCUGCAGAAACUCCCGGAGGACCCCGCUGCCGCGAAUGGCGCAGGAUAGCAGUGAAGACGAGAGUUAUCGAGGACCAGCGGCGUCCGGUAGAAUCGUGCCGGAGAGACCCGAACGUGUGCCCACGGUCGAUCUGAGCCCGUCGCCGUCGGAGAGGGCUCGCACGGACGACGGCAGCGAUCGACUCACGUCACCGCCGACACCCCUGUCGAUCUCCAGAGCGGGUAGCAGGGACGAGGACAGUACCCGUGAUUCUAGAAUCGACCGCAGCAGUAGGGAGCGCGAGGUUCACAACGGCGGUCAGGAGGAUCGCGAUCGGAAACCUCUGAAUCUGCAGCAACAGCCGCAACAGCAACAGCAACAGCAACAGCAACAACAACAACAACAACAACAAACGCCGCUGCCGCAGCAGCAGCAGCAGCAGCAGCAGCAGCAGCAGCAGCAGCAGCAACCACAGCUGAACCACUACCCGGACUUACACAACCUCUACGCCGUAUCAACUGACAAAAAAAGUGCCUGUGAUAGUAAGCUUAUAGUAGAUCAUUCGAGCCAGAAGACUCAGCCGCAGCAACAACAAAAGGAAUACGCUGCCGUGAGCGGGCUGGUCGUGCAACUGCAGAGGGGCUACAACACCGCGAGCAACAGGUCCGGCGAGUCGACUAACAGCAGCCAGCAGCCGGCGGAGCAGCGCGGCCCCGCGCUCAGCAUGGAGGACUCCGUAGAGCAGUAGACGAAAGUCAGUAUCAGUUAUCAGUAAAGUAUACAGUUAUGAGUACACACACAGUGAAGAAAAGAAGACCCGUAUACAGUAAGCCCACAUUCCCGCCCAGAUCUCUCCGCCAUCUUCUCACACGCACCGAUCCCGUGCGCCUUCUCUCGCCGUUGCGCGCCGCGAGACCGUGAGCCUUCCCUUCCGCUCGCGAUCGUCACGCGAAUCUUUCUUCUUUGUUGCUUUCUCGGCUUUCCUCGGCCGAUUUUCGCUUUCGGAGAGACGCGAAGACGCGCGCGCGCGCGCGCGCGCACCGAAGCGCCGAAGAACGAACCGAUGCGGCGCGCCGUUCGCGAGAUCUCGCGCGCGACCGCAGCCACGAAGAAGGGAAUCCUCCGAUACGGCGCGACAACGCGACCACGAGACGAAACAGCCCCCGAUUGCCCAAACACACACACGACCCCUGUGCUCCUCCCUCCUACAACCUCUCCGUUCCAAUCGGAAGAAAAGAAACAAACAAACAAACAAACAAACAAACAAACAAACCCUCGAACGUUGCCAGGUAAGUUGCCGGUGCAGUGAAGGGGAGAACAGGAAGGAAGUAGAAAAGAGAAAGAUGGAAAAAAGGCAUGCAUGCAUGAUGCUAAGCACAACCAACCGUAAACCCACUGCGAUUCCGCCAGUUAAGCGCAAUACCCGCCGUACGAACCCGCGUCCAGCUGGCCGACCUGGGCCGACGUGAGGCGCGCGCGUGCGAAGGAAAUCCUUUCGACUAUGGCGAGAAAGAGUAUAUUUCAGACCGGAGUAUAACGAGAGCGAACGAAACGCGGAUACAAAGGACACACACGCGAUGUUAUCCAUCGCACCGAGAGUACUCACACACGCGACGACACACGCUUUAGCAGAUGCACAGGCCCAUUCUCUAAUCGCGUUUCCACGAGCCAGACAUUCCACGAGACUCUGAGACACACGUACAUCAUGAUAUACGCUCCGACGUACACACACACACACACACAAACGUGACAGACAUGUAGUUCCACUCUUACACACACACACACACACACGUACACGCGCAUACCACACGUCCACGUACGAGUACAUUUACGAGAGUAUACAAAAAUGGGGAACACAUAACGAGAUACUUAGACGUCGCGCGCGUGCACGCGUUGCUACGCUCGCGAGCGGCAACGCGGCUCCGAGCUCUUCCUUUGCGCCGCAUCGCCGAGCUUCUCGCGUGCUCACUGAAUCUCGUCGUUGGCGUCGAGACAACCGCGACGGACAAGCCGCCUAAUAGAGCUCAAACUUUAAACUGUAUUCGAUCAGCGAGCUUCCGUCGCGAGGGACUCCCGACAGGCUCGGUGUGCGCGCUGUAAGACGGCAUCAGGACAUACGCGCGCGAGGACUCCAGUCCCGUUCGGUGGUGAGGCAAAGGUCGAAGGUCGACGUGAGAGCGAGAGAAGCGGCUGUCCGCACACGAAUCGCGAAUCCAUCGGGCUUUGCCGAUGAGCCGGGCAGCUCUCUUCUAGUUUCUCUUUCACGCGCCGUCUUCCGACUCGCGCCGAUCAGGUCGAGGCAGUCCUGCCGAGUCCUGCGGACGCUGCACAGAGGGACGCGCUCGGCCGCGUCACGCUCGGCGCGCGAUUUUGUAUGUGCAGGCACGCGCGACGCGAAACGUUAGCCGCUCGAUGAUUAUUAAUUAUUACGAUUAUUAAUUACUGCUACCACUACCGAUCGGUGGACGACGACGAAAGGUCAAACGAUGGAACAAAAAUGCCGACGCGAUAACGUAUUUUUUCCUCUAUGAGUGUAAAAAAACUACCUAAUGCAACAAAAAAAAAAAAGAAAUCUUAUUACCUACUAUUAAACACUACUCUUAACUCGUAAGGAGCGACAUAAUUAUAUAAGGAAUAAUAUAUUAUAUAUACAUAUAUUUUUGGUCAUUACGAACGUGUGCGAAGCGAGAACGAGCCAAGGCUUUUGUUGGCGCGCGUAGGUGACGUUUUUUCACGAGGCGACAAUAUUUCUAUAAUUCUCGGUUGUUGUUUCGAGGCCACUGCGUUCGGCGCGGUCCCACGUUUCGGGCAUGUCAGGCGCGGCGAAACGGGACGAGGGGGCAGGCGGGAAAAUAGCGGAACGCGAUCUUCGUCGUUGGAUAUUGCCCACCGACGUGGUUUUUUGGACAAGGCUCGUGGCACGCGCGCGACCUUUGAUUCGUCCGAUUGGUUCUCGCCGAUCGAUGCGACGGGAAUGCAAUGAGGUUCGAGAUGAACGCGCUCCGCGCGCGUACGUUUGUUUUUUCGGGUUCUUUUAUUUACGGACAGAAAAUUUGCGCGGUUCGCAUCGAGAGAGACAGGGGGGGGAGAGAGAGAGAGAGAGAGAGAGAGAGAGAGAGAGAGAGAGAAAGGGGGAGGAGGAAAGGAGAGAAAGGGACAUUGGGACAUUGGGCGAAAUCGUCCCCAUGUGUCCAGGGUGAAUCCAGCUUUCAGAGCCGAGAAAUUUAAGAGCCUUUCGCCGCGUGUUUUGGAACAAACGUAACGCAAUCUUGUCGUUCCAUACGAGUCAAUAAAACGUUGUUACGAUAAUAUUUUGAUAUUUUUGGAGAAUCGUUUCGGACGCACCGAUAACACGAGAGCAGAGAAAAAAUUUUCACAUUUUCGGGCACGUCGCGUAAAAGCAUCUCGUGUAUUAAUCGCGUAAUACCCAUUUAAUACGAAAGGAAAAAAAAGGAUAUAUAUAUAUAUAUAUAUAUACAUACACACGAAAAUACUCGAGAAAUAAUGAAAUAUCACGAGAGCUUUUAAUCGAUUUAAUUUCUGUGCAGUUUCGGUCUACGUUUCACGCACGUGUCUCGUGUACGCAGGAUUCGCGACGGGGCGAGGGUGACUCUUCGCCCGCGAGCUCUUGCUUUUGCGAGCAAUCACGGCGACGAAGAUCGCGAUCUGCCGGCGUCGCGUUAUCGAAUUAGAUCACGGUGCAAAUCCGGGCGUAACUACGAGGACGCGAACGCGAAGUCAGAACGUGAGACUUUGGGUUGAGAAGGAGAGAUUUAAGGGAAAAAUAAAGAGGACAGGAAAGAAAGAAAGAGGAAGGGUUGCAAAGCGCGCGCCCGCUCUCGACUCGGUUUCGGUACCGAAAGCGCAAACGUUUUUUCUUAAGCGCGAGAUGCCCACUUUUUGAUACGAAUACAAAUUUUCUACCGCGUAGAGGGAAAAA